UAAUUAAUUGUAAAUUUUAUUUUUUUAGAUUCUCCGACCUGCUCUUUACCUACACCUACUACAACAGUACUCGGAGCUAUGGACUCCAGUCUCAGGUUAGAGUGCAGGAUGAGUUCUAAACCAGAACAUCAAUCCUUUAUCUGGACUUUCUACAACCAGGACGGAUCUGAGCUCCAGGUCCCCAAUCAUCUGGUUGAGUCUAACGGAGCAGCCUCUACUCUAAUUCAUACCCUGAGCUCUGAUGAGGAUCUUGGAACACUGGAGUGUGCUCUAAACAACAUGGAUAAUCAGUUUUCACAACCCUGCAGAUUCAAGAUUAAGAAAAAAGUUUUCUCUGUUUCUGGGGUGAGUUCAUGUUCCUGUUUUAAUCAAACUUUUACUUCCUUCUCUGUAUCCUGCAGUCUACCCUCUCUACCCUCUCAACCCUCUCCACAAUCUGAACCUGAACAAUCUGCGCAUACAAACAUUCUUUUUCAGGUAUUCGAUGCUCAGACCUUGAAGCUCGUGAGAAACAUCUCCAGCUCUUCAACCCAGCUCACCUUCACAGAUCUUCCAGCCUCCAGGGACUUCCUACUCCAGGUCCUGGUGGAGCAGGACGGAAUUAUCUCUGAACCCUUCAGGACGGAUGCCUUUACACUCCGGGCUAAUGAUAAGCAGCUGGCAGCGAGCACUGAGAAGGAUUCUAGCAAUUCAGCAAGGUUUCUGUCCAUUGUUGGUAUCCUAGUCGGAAUAUUUUCAAUUUUGGCGCUCUUCUCCGUAGCACUUGCGGUUUUUCUCAAGAAAGGAAGACGACAUCAUCAGCAUUUUUUCCAAGCUAAACCAAAUAAUUGCGAUUCCCCAACUUCCAACCCGGAUAUUAUACCAAACUUUAACUUUCCAGUGAAUGACUGUAACUCUAUAGAGGAUUUGAGCUGCAAAGAGUUGGUACAUGAGGACUGGGGAAAACACAAUGACCAGUCCCUUGUUUUGUCCGGAGAGGACUGGGGUCCACCUGGAGAUGAUUGGGGGCAGUCAACAUAUUCAAGUUUUGAACCAAGUAUUGAUACAUUCUCUUCUGGCACACAAUAUGCAAGUUUACAGUUUCAUGAAACUGCAGGAGCAUUAGCACAGUGCACUGACACCGUGGGACCGUUGGCUGAUUCUGAAAAACCCCGGUCCCCAGGAAGUGAAAAGUUCCAGCCGCCGGUUCAGUACUCAGAUAUCAACUUUACAGCACUACAACUAGCAACUGUCAGAUGUGGUCGGAAUUCUAAUCUGAGAUCCUCAUUUUCAAUCAACGAUUUCCCAUCCGAGGACCAGGAUUCAGCAGUUCGGUUUCAUUCUCUCAAACCCAAACGGAAAACAGUCAAGUUUCAGGACGAACUGAACAACCCCUCUAAGGACACAAAGAACCAUAUUUGUCCGCAUUUACAGAAAUCAAGGACCUUAUCAAUGUCCUGCCGGGCCCCUAAGGACCACGAUAUGCCCCUUGGCCUGCAAGUGCUCCAACCUCAAGUUCAGGUCCAAGUCCCAGAUCAGGGUUAUUUUGUUACCCAGGAUCUAGAGUCCAAGCUUUAAAUGUACCUUCAGCGCAAACUAUAUCAUGUUUAAAACCCGGUUAGAAGUAUUUUUGUUAUUAUUCUAUAUAGAGAGCAUAUACGUGGGACCCAUAAAACUAUGGAAUAGAACGAUGAUUCUUGAGCAAUCUCAUGUGUUUUUAUAUCCUUUUUAUAUCCUAAGCGCUAGGCUUGAAGCUUGAAAAUCAACUUACUAGACUCAAUGAGAAAAAGGUCAAAGGAAUUUAGGCUUUGCCAAUCACUCUGAGUGUCUAAUCUCUAUAUCUUUGCAACCCAAUGUCGUAGAUCUUAGUUAUUUCAAACUAUGAAUUCUGUUUGAUCAAAUGAUCUAAGUUUGAAAUAUAAAAGGUAUAAACCAUCAGGUUGAUAAGAUAUAGGGAUUAGAAGAUUGGAGGUUGUGGCCAAGACUCAUAUCCUUUAUACAAUAUUACUGUAAUACAACUUCGUUACUUCGUAGCUCAUCAAAAUUUAUUUUUCUUCAUGAGAAGCUCUUCGAUAAGAGUAGUUAACAUUUCAAUCUAAUGUGCAAUUUACAUUAUUUUAACGUGAAUUAAGUGAUGAAAUGGGUCUGUGUACACUGCACUAUGUUUAAUGUUCUAAAAUCUAUCUAAAAUCAUAAGUUCUGUGUAACAGUCGUCUUCCUAUUCUAAAGUUUUAUAGGACUCACUGCAGACCUUAAUUUUAAUGUUUUUUACAUCGUUUUACAAAAUACUAGAAAACAUUUGGGGAACAAAUUGUUUGUAAAAACUGUUUACAACAUCUAUUUCUAAAUUUAUUAAAUUAAACAUGCACCGAAAAAGGCAGCUUUAAUUUCAGUUUCCGAAGAAAGAUCUAAGAAUCUUGUAAAGUUGAAAAGUAUUGAAUAACAUUAUUUUUCUACUGGAUAAACUACAAGUAUAAACAAAGAAUAAAGCCUACUUUAUUUUACAAUUAUAUAUAAUUAUAAUUGUGUCAGAAAACUGUCAAUGUAUAACUCAAUUGUUAAUAAACCCUAUACAUUAA